CACCAAAUCUAAUCCGGUCGUAGAACUGCUCCAGAAGCGCUUGAAAGCUUUGAACAAGAAGAUAUCCCGCAUAAGCGAGUUAUGCAAAAAUGGAUCACGAAAAACUGGAUGAUGACCAAAGGCGAACUCUGAAGACCCUUCCUUCGUUGGAGGCCGUUCAGAAAGAACUCAAAGACGUCAAAAAUUUGAUCGAGUCCCACGAAGCUGAUCUUGCACGCGGAAUAGCUGAAGCUCCGACCUUUGAUGAUUUGGCCACCAAAUCUAAUCCGGUCGUAGAACAUCUCCAGAAGCGCUUGAGAAGCUCUGAGCAAGAAGAUAUCUCGCAUAACGAGUUAUGCAAAAACGGACUACGAAAAAUUGAACGAUGACCAAAAGCGAACUUUGAAGACCCUCCCUUCAUUGGAGGCCGUUCAGAAAGAACUAGAAGACGUCAAAAAAUUUGAUCGAGGUUCAAACAAUAUCAUCAUUUAUCCUUCGACAAAAAUAAUAAAUCUUUUUGUAUGCCAGUCCCACGGAGCUGAUCUUGCCCGC